UCUAUCUUCUGCGAUAUAGAUAGAAUUUAAUAUUCAAGUCUUCAGAAAUGUAGAAUAUAUAUUGUUGAAUGGAUUUCCCAACUUUUGUGAAUUUAUUGUAUUGCAUUGACAAAAAUAAUCAUCCGGCCCGUUUAAGCAUAGUUUGAGCCAUACUCGGCCCGCGGUCAAAAAAGUUUGGUGACCCCUGAUCUAACAGAAGAUGACGUGGAUGCUUUUGUGAAAGAAUUGAAGUUAAUCAAGGCUAAAAGAACCUUCCGAUCUCGGCGACCACAGGGUUAGAACGAACAUUCAAGGGUACUUUUCACAAGUUAUUCGCUUGAUUCGUAGUAGAACUGUAAAUUAGCUUCAUUAUGUCGUUCAGUAGUCAAUUACCAGAUGUGCAACUUUCAGAAAAUUCGUUAUCAGAAUUUAUUUUUCACCGAAUAAAAGAUCUCGGAGAUAAAAUUGCGUUGGUUGACAAUUCAAUCGAUGGAAAGUCGCUAACAUUCAAGCAAGUCUAUGACCAAUCAAGGAACUGUGCUGGGUAUUUACACAAAGCAGGACUUGGCAAAGGAGAUGUGGUUGGCCUUUGUUCUCCCUCUUCACUCGAAUUCCCAGUUGCAAUGUUAGGUGUUCUUGCCUGUGGCGGUGUUGUCACCCCUUGUAACCCUGCGUAUAGCGUGGGAGAAAUAUUACAACAAUUCCAAAUUUCAAAACCAAAGAUGGUGUUUGUACACGAAGACUGCUUGAAUACAAUGAAGGAAGUCCAGAGAAAAAUUGAUUCUUUGGAGAAAAUGUUUAUUAUUGGAGAAAGCAGCGAAUUCGUUACAAUGUGCGAGAUGAUUGGUGACGAAUAUAGUGAAGAUUUCCCAAAGCACAUUGCUAUCAACGCUGACGAAGAUUUAGCUAUAUUGCCGUAUUCUAGCGGAACUACAGGACUACCAAAAAGUGUUAUGCUAAGUCACAAGAAUUUGACGUCCUCCUUUUUGAUUUUUCGUGACUUUGUGCCACAUGAAACUACAGAUAUUUUGUACUCGGACCGUCCAAUGUAUCAUUCGGGUGGAUUCUGGGGGUUAAUUGUCUCACUAUCAACUGGACGAAAGUUGGUUUUGGAGAAAGAGUUUGAUACGAAGACCAUGCUACGUGCGAUCGAAAAAUAUAAGAUCACUUACAUUAUGACGGUACCACCCAUAUUAAUCGAACUAGUUAACGAUGACAACACCGCAAAUUACGAUGUUUCCAGUCUUAAACAAGUAGCAUGUGGAGGGGCAGCACUUUCUCCAGAUAUAUCAAGAAAAAUAGCACAAAAGUUUGAUGUUGUCAUGAGACCAGAGUACGGACUGACAGAAUUUUUCAUUAUUGCCUGUCAUUUUGGAGAAGAAAGUUUAUUUGACGGCGUGGGAAAAAUUGUCCCAAAUACAAAAGUCAAGAUAAUUGAUCUGCUAACGGGAAGGGAACUUUCUGAAAAUAAGACUGGAGAAAUUCUCGCACAAGGGCCUCAGGUCAUGAAAGGAUACAUGGGAAACCCAGAUGCAACAGCACGAACUAUUACGAAAGAUGGUUGGAUGCACACAGGUGAUAUCGGAUAUGUUGAUCACGAUGGAAUAUUGUAUAUAAUUGAUCGCCUCAAAGAAGUCAUCAAGUACAAAAGCUUUCAGGUGUCACCUGCAGAGCUAGAGAGGGUUAUAUUGAAACAUCCCACAGUCGAGGAUGUAGGAGUUAUUGGAAUUCCUGAUACUUAUGCAGGUGAACUUCCAAAAGCAUUUGUCGUGAAGAAGGUUGAUAAUCUAACCAAAGACGACGUGGAUUCUUUUGUGAAAGGCGAACUGGUUGAUUACAAACAACUGAGAGGUGGAAUUGAGUUUGUAAAGAAGAUUCCAAAAUCAGCCACAGGGAAGAUUCAACGUAUUGAAUUAAAAAAAAUGGCCGGAAUUAAAUAAAAAAAAACUUGCAAUUGUCAAAGUUGUAAGAUAAUUUUUAUUCAAUGAAAAUAGGAUGAUGAAAAUAUAACCUGUUCAUAGUUUCCAGAAUGAUUUAAACUCAUGGCUAUGGCAUUCGAAUUCAAUUGAUUUUGAAACGGAGAUUCGUUGCGAACACUUGGCCUCAAAUGCUGAUAAUAUGUUUUCGAUAUUUUCAACAAAUGACGUUGCAAUAAAUACAUAUAAAAACAUGAAG